AUGUUCACCUGCACUGACGGUUCGAAAACCAUUCUUCGCUCUCAGGUCAAUGACGAUUAUUGCGACUGUGCGGAUGGAUCUGACGAGCCUGGAACGUCUGCCUGUGCGAACGGACACUUUUACUGUGAAAACAAGGGACAUUUCCCAGUGGUUCUGACGUCUUCUCGUGUGAACGAUGGCAUUUGUGACUGCUGUGAUGGCAGCGAUGAGUAUUUGGGAAUUACUUCGUGUCCUAACACCUGCCAAGAGGAACAUGCUAAGUGGGAGUAUGGCAUUUUCAAGGUUUCUCACAUAGAACGGAAAAUAAUGAACGUUUGGAAACGUUCCGCAAGGGUUCGGCGACUCUCAAAGAAUGGAUGGAAGAAAGCGCUCGAUAUUUGA